AUGGCAUAUGACGGAGGAUACGGGGGCCAACAGCGGCCGUAUGCUGGUUCAGCGGCACAGGCCCCCGCGGCGAGAGGUUACGGAGGGCCUCCGCCGCCACAGCAGCAGUAUAAUGGGUAUCACGAUAACGGCUAUGGCGGUGACGGAGCAGGAGGAGGAGGAUACGGGCCAGAGUAUGGAAACACCCAAUAUCAAGAUGGCGGCUAUGGCCAGAGUCCUCCUGGCCGAGCAAGAGGAGGUCGACCUCCGCAAGAUGGUGGUCGAGGAGGUCCUUAUAUGCCCGAAGGCCAACGAGGGGCCAACUAUCCUCCGAGAGGCGGUAUGGGUCCUCCAAAUAGGGGCAGGCCGAGUGUGCCACGAGGAGGUGGACCACCAGGCCAUCCCGCAGGCGGUCGUCAACCGAUGGAUAACGGCCCUAUGCUCCCUCAAGGAGGCCCAGGGUUCGCCAAUGGCAACUACCAGUCUGGCAAUGGAUAUGAGCUUGCAAACCAGAUGUCACAGAUGGAUCUAAAUGGACAAGAUCCUAGAAGCCCACCCCGCCGACCACCUCCGGCUCGAAACGGCUCCCAAAACUACGGAGAUUCGCGACAAGGACAGCCUAGGCCAGGACCUGAUGGCUACGUGGGCUAUGGUGACGGCGGAUACGGCGCUCGACAGCAACCUGGUCCACAUGGAGCUCAGCGAAGCAUGACGAUGCCGUACAAUAGCUCCGGAAGCCGUGGAGUACCACAGAGGCCUGCUACGACAACGGGAAAUCGGCCUCCGCCUCAAAGAACCUAUCCUCAGGAUAACCAGGCGCCGCCACCGCCGCUGCCAGGACAGUACAACAACGGAUAUGACCCAUCAUAUGCCAACGCCAUUGACGAUGUAUACGACUCUUAUUACGACGAGCCGAGAGCGAGCAUAUCAAGUCACAACUCGUCACACAACUCACAUGCGCAUAAAAGCAGCAUUUCAAGCCUGCCUGACUUUGAUGCUAUUCCCACUCAUAGCAAGCGAGAUUCUUUCGAGCAGUCUAUGCGAGCAGCGCCUGAGCAGCCGCAGCAGGGAGCUUACCAAACUGCCAAGCUGGGCCAUGCCCGCUCCAUGGUAGAGAUGCGCGAGCCGCAAUCCGCGGUAUUCGAGAUGGCCGCCGACAUCCCCGAAGUUCCAGCCAUUCCCCAGACGCAUGCGUAUCAGCCGGGAUAUAAUCAAGGAUACAAUGGGCCUGCAGGAUACACUCAGCCACCGAUUCCGCGAGGCCCGAGUGCGCCUCCAGGUGCAGCCGGCAAUCCACAUUCUGGAUUUGGGAGCAAUCGUCCGCCUAUAGUCAGGCCAGGUACCGCUGCACCCACCAACCCAGACGGCCUGCCUGCACAUCCAACGCCUAUACGUCCGGGUCAAAUGGAAAACUCGCUGGUGAAUCCGAGUGCCAAGCCUCCUCCUGUCCGAAGCUAUGGAGGCAGUCCUCAGACGGGGCUGCCGCCUCAGCAGCAGCAACAGUAUCAGCAACAACAACAACAACAACAGCAGCAGCAGCAGCAACAAGCACCCAUGCAGCAACAAAUGCGGCAACCGCAACAGCAGCAGUAUUCUCCUCAACAGCCAUUGGACCAGGGCAUGCCAGCGCCCAGAGCGCCGCCUCCGCCGCGGGAGAGAGAACCUCCAGUCACCCCCGGCGAGCUGGAACAUUUGAGGAUGGUUGUCAAAGGCAAUCCCAACGACCAGGCGACCGCGCUGAAAUUGGCGAAGCGUCUCAUCGAAGCUUCCGACGUGCUUGUGCCAAAUAUCCCCGACCCGAGAGGCAAGUCAAAAGCUCGCGAACGAUAUCUUGUGGACGCCCACAAGAUCCUCAAGAAGCUGGUCAACUCUCAGAAUGGAGACGCAAUGUUUGUGAUGGCAGAUGGCGUGGGUAGGGGUUUAUUUGGUCCCGACGGAGAUUCCAAAGAGGCCUUUACGCUAUAUCAAUCUGCCGCGAAGCUGGGCCAUGCUGCGGCUGCCUACCGUACGGCUGUAUGCUGUGAGAUUGGCCACGAGGAAGGCGGCGGCACUCGCAAGGAUCCUAUGAAGGCGAUUCAGUGGUACAAACGCGCGGCGACUCUAGGCGAUCCGCCAGCCAUGUACAAGGUUGGCAUGAUCCUUCUCAAAGGUUUGUUGGGCCAACCCAAGAACCCUAGGGAGGCUGUGGGCUGGCUGAAGCGAGCGGCAGAGAGAGCAGACGGAGAGAAUCCUCACGCUCUCCACGAACUCGGAUUGCUCUACGAAUCGGCAUCAGGCAACGAUGUCAUUAUUCGGGAUGAGCAGUACGCCUUGAGCCUGUUCCAGCAAGCAGCAGAAAUUGGAUACAAAUUCUCCCAGUUUAGACUGGGCUGUGCGUACGAAUAUGGACUGCUGGGAUGUCCCAUCGACCCGCGGCUCUCCAUCGUCUGGUACUCGAAAGCAGCACAGCAGGAAGAGCAUCAGUCGGAACUUGCUCUUAGUGGCUGGUACCUGACGGGAAGCGAAGGUGUCCUAGGCCAGAGUGACACGGAGGCGUAUCUGUGGGCGAGGAAGGCUGCCGUGGCGGGUCUGGCCAAGGCAGAGUACGCGAUGGGCUACUUCACCGAGGUGGGCAUCGGUGUCCCGGCAAACAUGGAAGAUGCCAAGCGAUGGUAUUGGCGAGCAGCUGCACAAGAUUUCCCCAAGGCCAGAGAACGAUUGGAAGACUUGAAACGAUCCGGCAAAGAAAAAGCUCGUCCGAGGGAGCGGAUAUCUCGAAGCCAAAAGCAACAGGAAGGAGAUUGUGUAGUGAUGUAA